CCAGUGAUUUUACAAAGAGAGUAACAAAGGCUGUUGAACUGCGUAGUUUUUGAUAUCUGUCAGUAAUAUGAAGGUUUCAGACAGUAAUGUGCUGCGGUUUCACCUCCAAGUUAUUUAUGGGAUAAGUGUGAAGAGCUUUGAGAAGAAAAAGGACAGACUGUUUGUCGGUGGAGCGAAGAUCUUUGGUGUUCCUCUGGAGAAUUUAUCCAGGCGAUACAUUCCUGAGUUUGGCCUGGUGCCCUGCUUCUUGGUGGAUGCUUGUUCAUUUCUGCUGGAGCGUGUUGCGACUGUAGGCCUGUUCAGAAAACCAGGCUCUCUUCCUCGCAUCAAGACCCUCAGGGCCAAGCUAAAUAGAGGAGAGGGGUGUCUGACCACAGCCCUCCCCUACGAUGUGGCGACUCUCAUCAAACAGUUUUGCAGAGAGCUGCCGGAGCCUCUGCUCCCCUCCGAGCUCCACGCAGCUCUGCUCAAAGCCCAGGCGCUGUCCAGCCUGCAGGACAGGACUUCAGCCCUCCAGCUGCUGUCCUGUUUGCUACCUGCCAGGAACUCCUCCUGUCUGCACUACCUGUUUGACUUCCUCUCCAAAGUCUCCCAGAGAUGCUCAGAAAACUUGAUGACCAGCUCCAACCUCGCCACAGUCUUCGCUCCGUGUCUUUUACCGCCUCCCAACAAGGCAGAGAUGUCUGAAGGGCGACUUGAACUCAGAGUUCUCGUCCUACACACCUUCAUUGAAAAUCCUCACUUAUUUGGUGUGAUUCCUAAAGCUGUGAUGGACAGUAUGGAGUUCCUGAUGAACUUCAAUCCUCUGAAAGACGCAAAGAGAGGACACAGAAAAAGACACAGUUUUAAAGUAAUACGGUCUGUGAAGACGGUGCCUUGGAUUCAAGCAAAGUCAAAAGUCAGGCCUGCAGCCCCUGAGCAGAGCCAAGAGCCCACCUCAGGAGACAAACCCUUGCUCAGGAGAAGCCUCGGCCUGGAGACUUUCCCUAAUGUCCUGCUGUUCAGGAGCUGUGUGCCAUGUGCAGAGCAAGGUUUCAGUCCUGCAGCCACUUUGUCAGACGGUCCCACCAAAGAGACAUGCAAGACGCCACAAGAGCGACUCAAAAGAGAUCUGCGUUUGGGUCAUUUCCCGAGGUUCACCAGAGGACAAGAUGCCGACAGCUCUCCUGUGCUCACCGAAACAUACUUUAAAAUCCUCAUUUGUGUGUGUGGUUGUGAAGUGAGAUUUAUUUUGGAAAGCGGAAGUAUACGUUUUUAUUUUGUCCAAAUUGACAAAGGUCUCGCGCAUCAGGCAGGUCCCUCCAUCCGCGCAGACACGAUGACAGACAUGAGCUCGGCGGUGCGGUUAUCGCUGCUCGGCCUCCUCCUGUGCCUGCAGCUCGGCAGGGCUCCAGCUCGCAGCCCCCGCACGGCGGACCAGGUGUCUGAGGCCGACAUUCAGCGGCUCCUGCACGGCGUCAUGGAGCAGCUGGGCAUCGCUCGGCCCAGGGUGGAAUAUCCCGCACACCAGGCCACCAACAUCGUCGGGCCUCAGAGCAUACAGGGUGGUGCUCACGAGGGGCUGCAGCACCUCGGCCCCUUUGGCAACAUCCCCAACAUUGUGGCCGAGUUGACCGGUGACAACGUUCCCAAAGACUUCAGUGAUGAUCACGGGUACCCAGACCCUCCAAACCCCUGUCCUCUGGGGAAGACAGGAGCAGACGGGUGUUUGGAAAACGCUCCAGACACAGCCGAGUUCAGCAAAGAGUUUCAGAAACACCAGCACCUAUUUGACCCAGAGCACGAUUACCCUGCCCUGGCCAAGUGGAACAAGGAGCUUUUGUACCAGAAACUGAAGGGGGGACCGAAGAGAAGAAAAAGGAGUGUGAACCCGUACUUAAUGGGCCAGAGGCUGGACAAUGUGGUCGCCAAAAAAUCUGUACCUCACUUCUCUGAGGAGGAGGAGGAGGAGGAGGAGGAGGAGGAGGAGGAGGAGAAAGAAGAGGCGCCUAUGGUCUCUGCUGCCAGCAAAUCCUCCACCUAAACUCCUGCACUGCAACACUCACUGUAUACUCAUUCACUCAAAGUAUACUCUCAGAUAGGACUUUGUAACACUGCAUAUUGAAGCAUUUUGGUGAACAAGCAAUGGGUGUGUGAGUUCAGUGCAAGUACUGUGACAUAUGAAAUAGUAAGCAGAGAAAAUCUAAGCAAAAAAUGAUAACUUUUUUAUUGUAUCGCAAUCAUAUUAAUGAGUCUAGAACAGGGGUGGGCAGACUUUUUUUUUAUU